AUGAAUAAAAUCCCAGUGUCACUAAAAAUAAGUUAUCAAGACGACUUAUAUAAGCUCUCCCCAGUCCCUUCAAAAUAUGAAGACCUAAUUGAAGCAAUUUUCACUUUAAUUCCAACAUUUGAAUCCUAUCCCAGCUUUUACUACAUAGACAGAUCAGGAGACAAGUUAAAAAUUUCUACACAAAUGGCUCUGGAUCUCUUCUAUGAAGAAUACCCCAGUGAUUCAAAGCUUUAUGUCACAAGUGUCCAGCAGCCUUUCACCCUUCCCCAAAAGCGACCAAAACAAGAUACAGAAGCCCCUCCACCAGAAAAGAAAAUCCUAAAGCAAGAAGCAGAAAUAAAUUCAGAAGAGAAAAAGCCUACAAAGCAAUCUAAGAUAAAGGAUAAAAUUACUGAUUUAUUUGAUGAUGAUUCUCCAUUAGGAUGCAACCCGAAAUCUGAAAGCCAAUUGCAAGACUUGAUUUCUUAUAAAAAUGUUCUUCUUGAAGUCCAAAAUGAGUCAACUGGCGACAAAUUUCCUCCUUCUAAAUGUGAAGGGACGAUAAAUGGAAUCAUCCUUGACCCUAUAAAGGAUAUCCCUAGAUGCCCUUCAGAUUUAUACCAAGGUCCUUCUCGCUUUAUGAGGGUUAUUUCUGAGCUUAUCUUCCAAACUUGCAAAAAACAUGGCCCUCGCUCUACAGCUGCAGUAUUUAGAAUCCCAUUAGAACUUGUAUGUUAUAUUUUUAAAGAGCCUGCCAUGCCUCAUACAGGAAAGCUUAAGCACUUUGAUAACUGCUACUACCUUGAGCAGUGCAAGCCACAAAACGGAUACAUUUUUACCCCACUAAUAUGCUACAAUAUAGUCCGCAACCUUAAAGAAGCAAAGAUAUCAAAAGAGCAAGUCCAACAAGACUUUGCAGUGGGCCCUGAUGUGGUUCAGCUGUGAAUCAAUUUAUUUUCUGAGCCAAAAGAAGCUCCAUAUCAGCUUGAUCCGUAUCCUGACUCAGUGAAGCCUUAUAUAAUCAGUGAUUAUUUAGCAAAGAAAUUGGACGAAGACGAUCUUGAACUGCUGUUUAAUAUAAAAAAGGAUACAAUCAUCAAUUGGAUUUACUCUAGGCUCAUGAUUGAUGAAGAACCAGUUGAGUUGAGAAUUAUACAUGCAGACGAAAAGUAUCAAGCUGUAAAAGAUUACAAGGACAAAACCCUGAAAACUAGCGAAAUUGAAGAAAAGUAUAUGAUUUCUGACAAAUCACUGAGAAAGUGGAUAGUGAAAGUGGAUAAAGGAGAACCUUUGAAAGACUCGAAGUCAGGAGAAAAAACGACUUAUGCCAUUAAACAGGCUUGGGAACAGCUAAGUGGAAUUGAAAAUUUAGAUUCUUGGGACUGCGCGCCUAGGCAUCCAACAGCUAUAAGAAUUAGAUAA